AUGCCUGAUCAUUUAGGAGAUGAUAUGCGAAAAGUUAAGGAUGACAAAGAGGAACCAGAAAAGGAAAUAAAAUCGCUGGAUGAAGGCGACAUAGCACUAUUAAAGUCAUAUGGUCAGGGACAAUACACAAAAAUUAUUAAAGAUGUAGAAGAUGGUAUACAGACAGUCAUGAAGAGGGUCAAUGAACUAACAGGAAUCAAAGAGUCAGAUACUGGACUUGCACCACCUGCUUUGUGGGAUUUGGCAGCUGAUAAACAGACAUUGCAGAAUGAACAGCCUCUGCAGGUGGCAAGAUGCACGAAAAUUAUUAAUGCAGAUUCAAAUGAUCCCAAGUACAUAAUUAAUGUGAAACAGUUUGCAAAGUUUGUUGUAGACCUAGCUGAUUCAGUUGCCCCCACUGACAUAGAGGAAGGCAUGAGAGUUGGUGUUGAUCGCAACAAGUACCAGAUACACAUCCCUCUUCCUCCUAAGAUAGACCCGACUGUCACCAUGAUGCAGGUUGAAGAAAAACCUGAUGUGACAUACAGUGAUGUUGGAGGUUGCAAGGAACAGAUUGAAAAGCUAAGGGAGGUGGUUGAAACACCAUUAUUACAUCCUGAAAAGUUCGUGAAGUUAGGUAUCGAGCCUCCGAAGGGAGUUUUACUGUUUGGGCCCCCCGGGACUGGUAAAACACUAUGCGCAAGAGCCGUGGCCAAUCGUACGGAUGCUUGUUUCAUUCGAGUUAUUGGGUCUGAAUUGGUUCAGAAGUACGUCGGAGAAGGAGCACGUAUGGUGAGGGAACUGUUCGAGAUGGCGCGCAGUAAGAAGGCUUGCCUCAUUUUCUUCGACGAAAUUGACGCCAUAGGUGGCGCUCGGUUCGACGAUGGCGCCGGAGGGGACAACGAAGUGCAGAGAACUAUGUUGGAGCUCAUCAACCAACUCGACGGAUUUGACCCUCGGGGAAACAUCAAGGUGUUGAUGGCCACCAAUCGUCCCGACACACUGGACCCUGCGCUGAUGCGUCCCGGACGUCUCGACCGAAAGGUCGAGUUCGGGCUGCCCGAUCUCGAAGGCCGCGCGCACAUCUUUCGCAUCCACGCUCGGUCUAUGAGCGUAGAACGCGACAUUCGCUUCGACCUACUGGCUAGACUCUGCCCUAACUCGACUGGUGCAGAAAUUCGGUCUGUGUGCACCGAGGCGGGAAUGUUUGCCAUCCGAGCUCGCCGUAAAGUGGCCACAGAGAAAGACUUCCUCGAAGCCGUGAACAAGGUCAUCAAGAGCUACGCCAAAUUCUCGGCGACGCCUAGAUACAUGACUUACAAUUAA